ACUGUUUGGUAGAGAACUGAAUAUCCUUCGCCGCAAAACAUCGCGCAAUACUUUGUGUCGUCUUCAUUGGGUUGACAGUACCCGAUAGUUUUAUUUCUACUAGCUUUGAAACAAAACAGCAGCAGCCAUGAGUCUUAUGGCAAAAGGUGGAGGAGAUGGACCAGGUUUUGUCGGCAUCCGUUUCUGUCAGGAGUGUAACAAUAUGUUGUACCCAAAAGAAGACAAGGAAAACAAGAUAUUGCUUUAUGCCUGCAGGAACUGUGAUUACAAAAUGCCCACAGAAAAUAAUUGUAUUUAUGUCAACAAGUUGAUGCAUGAAAUUGAUGAACUCAGGCACAUUAACCCAGAAGUGAUACAGGACCCAACACUGCCAAGGACAGACGACCAUCCAUGCCCAAGGUGUAGCACACGCGAUGCGGUAUUCUUCCAAGCCCAGACCAGGAGAGCUGAAGAUGAGAUGAGACUGUACUAUGUAUGUUGCAACAGUGAGUGCACACAUCGUUGGACUGAGUAAAUUAAGUUGUCAUCAUCAUCGUCGCUUUUUUCUUUUCUUUUCCCAUAAAAAAUCCACAUGUAAUUUGCCAGCAAUCUUUCUGGUGAUUAUUCUUGUUCGAUUAAAUAUAUAUCUUCCUGGAAAACGUGUGUCAUGCUGCUAAUAUAUUUAUGAUGUCAGAAAGUAUGCAAUACAUAAUAUAAUCAAAAAUGUAUUUUGAACUGAUGCAUAAAUAAAAAAUAUUUCAUAACUUUGCUUUAUUCUGUCAUCAUGUGUGUGUAUAUACCCACAAAUUGUCUGCAUUGUCUGUGAUAUGUUUUUCUUCUCAAAAAAAGACCAACUGAUUUAAGGAUACUAUGUUUCAUAAAGGAAAAUGUAUGCAACAUUUUGGUGCUACCAAAAUGCUACUACAUUAUUAUACUUGGACUACUGACAAUAAAUAUGUAUGUAUAAAUUUUA